GGGCUCGUGUGCGUGUGUUGUAGGUUCGCGAGCAGUGGAGUUGGACUCCUGAGGGAAAGGACACGCAUCACUCCAGCUUUAACGAUCACUCCAGUUUUUACAUCAAGGGCGACAGCGCGGGAUACGCCGCCGCAGGGGUCCACCUUUUCUUCAUUUCCAGUUUUUGAAUCCAUUGGCUUUUUUUUUUCUUUCUCUACCGGUGGAAGUAUUUGAUGCGAAAAGGAAGAAGAAAGAGAAGAACUUGCGUGGGGAAGGUGACACUCGCGCUCGCUCCGCGUGAGGGAUCAGAUUGAUAUUCUUCCCCGAUUGUGUUGUUCCUUAUAGCGACAAAAGGGGUUCGUUACCAACCAAGUCGCUCAUCUGCAAACCCCAAGUCAUGCGGUCCUGAUGCGCGCGACUCCGCGUCACGUUUUCUUUCCCUUUCAGGCGUUUCGAAAUCUGGAUUCGGAAAUCUCUGCUUUUUUUAAACCAUUAUUCUUUCCUUUAGUUUAUUUUUCCAUCCAGAAAUAUAAACUGUAAAAACAAGCAGACACACUUGGACUUGCGUCUUUGCGUAGACGUCACAGCCUCGCGUGCGCGCGGUACAGACGGAGCUGGAGAACAUAUACUACUAUCUGUAGUAUCAUACGCAUAUUGCAAUUAUAAUAAUUAUUAUAAUAACAACAAUAAUAAAGGAGAAGGUGCACGGAAGACUGCUUACAUGUUUGGGAUUCAGGAGAGCAUCCAGAGGAGCGCAAGUGGUAUGAAAGAGGAGCCCGUGGUGUCCGGGAUGAGCGCCGUUCGGACGUGGAUGCAGGGCGCGGGGGUCCUGGACGCCAACACGGCCGCGCAGAGCGGGGUGGCGCUGGCCCGCGCGCACUUCGAGAAGCAGCCGCCGUCCAACCUGCGCAAGUCCAACUUCUUCCACUUCGUGCUGGCGCUGUACGACAGGCAGGGGCAGCCCGUGGAGAUCGAGCGCACCUCCUUCGUGGGCUUCGUGGAGAAGGAGAAGGAAACCACAGGAGAGAAGACAAAUAAUGGCAUACAUUACAGACUGCAACUUCUGUACAGCAAUGGUAUAAGGACAGAGCAGGACUUCUAUGUGCGACUGAUCGACUCCAUGACCAAGCAGCCAAUCAUAUACGAAGGUCAAGACAAGAAUCCAGAGAUGUGCCGAGUGUUGCUGACGCAUGAGAUCAUGUGCAGCCGUUGCUGUGACAAGAAAAGCUGUGGGAACCGCAACGAGACUCCCUCCGACCCGGUCAUCAUUGACAGGUUCUUCCUGAAGUUCUUCUUGAAGUGUAACCAGAACUGCCUGAAGAAUGCGGGGAAUCCACGAGACAUGCGUCGCUUCCAGGUGGUUGUCUCCACGACAGUGAGUGUGGAUGGUCAUGUUCUCGCCGUGUCAGACAACAUGUUUGUGCACAACAACUCCAAACAUGGCCGGAGGGCCCGCAGGCUCGACCCCUCUGAAGGCACACCAUCUUUUCUAGAGCAUGCAGCUGCACCCUGCAUCAAAGCCAUCAGCCCCAGCGAGGGCUGGACCACAGGGGGUGCCACUGUCAUCAUCAUUGGGGACAACUUCUUCGAUGGGCUCCAGGUCAUCUUUGGCACCAUGCUGGUCUGGAGCGAGCUCAUCACACCCCAUGCCAUCAGGGUGCAGACCCCGCCCCGACACAUCCCGGGUGUGGUGGAGGUCACCCUCUCCUACAAGUCCAAGCAGUUCUGUAAAGGCACGCCUGGCAGGUUCAUCUACACAGCACUGAAUGAGCCCACCAUCGACUAUGGCUUCCAGCGGCUGCAGAAGGUGAUCCCACGCCAUCCUGGUGACCCUGAGCGCUUGCCAAAGGAAGUCAUCUUGAAAAGGGCCGCUGAUCUCGUCGAGGCUCUGUAUGGAAUGCCGCACAACAACCAGGAGAUCAUCCUGAAACGGGCUGCGGACAUCGCCGAGGCCCUGUACAGCGCCCCUCGGAACCACAACCAGCUGCCUGGCCUAAGCAACAGCUCUGUCCACGCUGGCAUGAUGGGUGUCAAUUCCUUUCCCGGUCAGCUGGCCGUCAAUGUGACAGAGUCGUCACAGGCCACCAGUCAAGGGUUCAGUCGGAACACGAGCAGCGUGUCGCCCCAUGGCUACGCCCCUAGUUCAACGCCCCAGCAGUCCAGCUACAGCUCCGUGACCACCAGCAUGAACGGCUACGGCAACGCGGCCAUGUCCACGCUGGGCACCUCGCCCAACUUCCUCAACGGCUCGGCGGCCAACUCGCCCUACGCCAUUGUACCCUCCAGCCCCACCAUGGCUUCAUCCACCAGUCUGCCCUCCAACUGCAGCACGUCCUCGGGCAUCUUCUCAUUCUCGCCGGCCAACAUGGUGUCCGCCGUCAAGCAGAAGAGCGCAUUUGCUCCCGUGGUGCGACCACAGGCCUCACCGCCACCCACCUGCACCAGCACCAAUGGCAACGGGCUGCCAGCGAUCCCAGGAAUGAUCAUUCCUCAGAUAUAGAUUUUUGGACGGAGGAGAUGUGCUGGACUAGGUGGAUAAGAGUACAGUACUGAGACUAUGACAUGACAAUGGACUGAAUGCAACUCUUGAAGACAUUAAACCUUCUAACUCAGGCCUUUUUAAGAGGAUUCACAUUUGAGCAUAAAGGAAAAGGACCAUUUCUGCAAUAUCUCUGCUUUUUAAAUUUGUAAAUGUUGAUUGUUUUUUGAGAACAAAAGUUUAUGCCACAAACUAUUAUCCU